GCACAAUCAUUCUCCUCUUAGUAUCUCAAAAACAGGCUCCAAAUUUCUCACAUAAUUUCUACAUAAACUUAAACCUGGCAAGCAACUCCUCAAGGAAUCAAACACUACAAAUUUCAACUUUCCCACAAGUUAGAAUUCACUUUUUCUUUUCGUAGCUAAGUGAACUUGUUCGUUUUGGCUCUCAAACAUUUGCGCAUGGUCCUCAAUAAAUUUUCUUUAUCUCUCUCCCCUCAUUACUCAUAAAAAUCUUCCCCAAAACCCAAACCGAACAGGGUAGGUGUUUGUCAAUUUCUUGGUUGGUUUGAAUGGCAAGAACUGUGAAGAGUUGGCUACAAUUGUCCCUGAAACUAGUAAACUCGACAAUAGGAGUUACUGGGAUUGCAAUGAUCCUUUACAGCAUUUGGAUGGUUAGGGCUUGGCAACUAGACAUGGAUGGCUCAUCUUCUGAUCAUCCUAAAUUCUCUCUUCCAUGGUUUAUUCAUGCUUUUCUUGGCAUUGGUAUCGCCUUGUGUGGUAUAACAUGCCUUGGCCACAUUGCUGCUCAUACUGCUAAUCGUCGCUGCCUUUCAUGUUACAUGGUUGUGAUCUUCUUUCUUCUACUGGUGGAGAUUGCAUUGAUAACAGAUAUCUCCCUAAACUCCCAUUGGGAAAAGGACUUUCCUGAAGAUCCAUCAGGGAGGUUUGAUGAUUUCGAUCAUUUCGUGAAGUCAAAUUUCGACACCUGCAAAUGGAUUGGGUGGUUGUUGGUCUUAGCACAGGGAUGUUCGGUGAUAUUGGCUGCGGUUCUAAGAGCGACAGAGAAAGAUCAGGGCAGAAAGUAUGACAAUGAGGAUGAUUAUGCACCACAAAGGCUUCCAUUUCAGUAUGACAAUGAGGAUGAUUAUGCACCACAGAGGCUUCCAUUUCUUGGUUAUCCAGUGCAGCCAUUUCCCGGUACUAUUGUAGACUUCCCCCUUGCCCUCCAACAAUGAGAUCUCCAAGGCAAGGAAGGAUUCACAACAAAGUUUGAGACAAUUGGCUUUGUUUGUUGAUGGUCUGAAGGAAUGCUCCUGUAAUUCCGGUUUUCUGCCCAGGAAAGUUUUAUGCUUGUGUUUUUUGUCAGUUUUGUUUUGGGGUUUUUUUUGGGGCAGGAUUUAGCACUGUUUGGCCUGUUUGUCGCGGAAUCUAUGUUCUUUCCCAUAUACGUUGGUUGGCUCGUUGCCAACUCUUAUUUGGAUCAUCAGGGUUGUGGGUGCCAAUAUCUUUAUUGUGGUGCCGUUAUGGCCCGAGUCCUUUUAAUCUGUGUAAUUAAUGACUCGCUUCCUAUAUGAAGUCAAUGUCUAUAUAUAUUGACAAAAGUAAAUCAUAAUUUUGCGCCAGCAUUUUUAGUUA